AGAGAUUAUCGUGUCUUCCUAACAAUAUGUGGAAUGCACUGAACUUGAAGAGAUUGGAUCUAAGUGGUUCUGGUAUAUCAAGUAUACCCAAUACAGAAGUCAAAAUUGAAAUGGUUGACUUGGCAGGAACUUCUGUCACUUAUCUUCCCAGGAAAUUUGUCUUUAGCCCUAAACUUCAGGCAUUGGAAGUGGGUGAAUGUCCACUAGUGUCUCCACCCAUUGAAGUGUGUUGGAGAGGCAUCAGUUCUAUAAGAAAUUAUUUGGGUGAACUGGAAAGGGAUGGUGGAGUACGACGUGGUAGAAUAAAGAUUCUAGUGAUGGGAAUUACAAAGGCAGGAAAAACAAGCCUCGUUGAAGCACUGGAGAGUGGUAACCCAUUUCUGGCAGAACUUGAUGAGAGAACUGUAGGUGUGGAAGAAACAACCAUGAAGCUGGAUGAUAAAAUAGAAUGCAAAUUGCUUGACUGUGGUGGGCAUAAAGCAUACAUGCUAACCAACCAGCUGAUGGUCAGCGACAAUUCAUUGGCAUUGAUAGUCGUUGACGGCAGUUUGUACCAGUUUACUGCGCAAUGUUUUCGUUGCAAUAUUGGAGAUUUCCUGCAAGUUUUGUACGAGAGAAACAGCAGAGCUCACGUUGCUGUUGUGGUCAGUAAAGUCGAUCUGAUGGUCGACAUGUCAAGAGAAGAAAUGAGUAGAAAGUGGAAUGAACAUCUACACACUCAACUACGUCAAUUCCAGAAGAUCAGACAAGAUCAGAUCAAGAGAAUGGCAGCAACCAUUGCAGCCGGUGAUUCUCAUGAAAACAAAUGUGUGUCGGAAUGUCUUUAAUUUUUUAAAUCUCAACGAAUAACUGUUGAAGAAAAGGUAAUACUGACGAGUGCAGCCACACACGAAGGAGUGGUCAGUCUAAAAGAUCGUUUAAAAGAAUUGUGUGGAGAUGAAUGUUUAUUGCCUUCACUGCACACAGAGUUGCCAUCAUCAUGGGUCACUGUAGAAGACAAGCUGGUUAUACUACAACCUCACACGUCUGUCCCCAUUACAGAUGUCUCUUAUGCAAUGCAAGUGUGUGCAAAGCACGGCCUGACAGAAGAAAGGUGUCUUGAGUUACUAAUCUACCUGAACAAGGUUGGAAGCAUUCUAUAUUACUCGUAUCAAAAGACUUUAUCACAAGUUCUAUUUCCUGUUCCAUCAUUUGUGGUCAAUGUACUGAAGGCUGUUUUCAGACACGAUCAUCAUCUUUUAGAAUAUGACUAUCGCUUUUAUGGAGCAGACAUAGUUCCCAAACAGUUUGAAGAAUUGAGGUCUGACCUUGUUUGUAACGGCAUUGCGAGGGUGUCUAUGCUGCUAGCGUUGUGGAGUGAGUUCCACCUUACUGCAGAUCGUCAUGUGGACGUGUUUAUUAAGCUUUUUCUUGCUCUUGACCUUGCUUAUCUUAUUGGCUCAUCAGAUGUUGUAGUUCAGGAACGGUCAGACAUUCUUGGUAGACACGAGAUUACAUCAACUGUGUCAAUGUCUACGGACACCAUCAGCACGACAUCAGAUUCAUAUAAUCAAAUGAGAGGAGAAAGUCAGCAAACAGAUCAGAUGGACAGUUGCAAAGAACUGAUUUGCAAGCUAAAACAACAUAAUGUUGGCUUGUUGUUGCCAUGGUUACUGAAUGACGAGGAACCGGAUGAUGUGAGUCAACUUUGGUGUGCAGAUGUAGCAGAUGGAGUGAUGCAAGUUGUGGUCGAAUAUUCAUUUGCAUAUAAUUGUCCUUUGGGUCUAUUUGAACGACUGUCUGCUCGUUGUCAUCGUCAUCAUCCUAAUUAUAUUCGUCACUGGAGCAGUGGACUGCUGAUGUUUUAUGGUGCGGUGACUUUGCUGUUUAGUUGCAGCAAGAAUACUUCACCUGGCUUUCUACAUCUCAGUGCUAGAGUAGUCAAGUCACAUCACAGUGUUGGCAGAUUGUGGCAUGUUCUUCUGCGUUGUGUGUCAGAUGUGGAGGAUCUUCUCCAGUCUGUUCCUGGUGCUCUUUUUGGUCGAUCCAUUAACACUGGACGUUCUUUUGCUGCAAGUACAAAGUCUCCUCUCAAUCCAUCAAAGGAUAUCAUGCCUAAUGAAAGAUGGGGACCAUUUGCAGUAGAAACUGUAAUGGGAAAGUACAGUCCAGAGAUGAAAAAGCAUAUAAAAGCUAUAGUACAAGUGUGUCCAAGUGUAAAGGAAGGUAUUCCUCUCUGUGAUGUUGUUUCACCAGAAGGUGGAACUUUAGUGGACCAAAUGGAUCUCCAAGAGAUAGCAGCAGAUAUAGGAAAGUGGUGGCCUAAACUAACAAGUAUUAUUGGUACUGACCAGUCUACAGUGUCGGAGCUGCGAGAAAACUAUUUUGACCCUAGUUUUGCCCCAGCAGCAGCAUCUCGUAUAUUAAGUGAAUGGCAAAAAUCAAGAAAGAAUGAAUUGAAGGUAUGUGAAUUGUAUGAUGCUCUACUGGUUGCUGACAUUCCAUCUUUACCACAACAGCAUUUGAGUGAUGACAUGUCACCCGAUGCAGCAUCUGGAUUAGCAAAAUCUAAAGAGACAGCUGCACGUGGUGAGACAAGUCGAGCUGACUCUGAGAUGGUCACUCCACUCAUCAUAGAAAAAGUAGCCGAAAAUUGUUCAGAGUGUUGGCAUGAAAUUGGUAUAUACCUUGGAGUUUCACCUUCAGUGCAGACUGAGUGUGACCAACCUCUGUACACAUUGAAACAAAAAUUACGUAAAGUUUUGUCAGCUUGGACAAAUGAAAACAGACAAGCUACAGUUGGUCAGUUGUUGUCUGCUUGUGAUGAAGCUAAAGUGGGAGGAGCAGCGAGAAGAGCAUUGGACAGUGAUAUACAACACUAAAUAUUUUAUUUAUUAUAUAAGCAGUUUUAAUUAACGUGAUAUCAUAUAAUAAACUUGAAGUUGU